GUAUAUGAGGUGGGCGGGACAAGGCGACUUUCAGUUUGGAGACUUCUGGGUAGCGCCGACAAUGCGCUCUUUGGAGGUUUAUGACAGCUGUGCUGAAUAAACAUUAAUUUCUGCCAAAGACAAGCGCACAAAACAUCUCGGCAAUUAAACUUUGACUCCAAUGAAUCCAGCAGCAUGAUGCGCUUCAUGUUGCUUUUCAGCCGGCAGGGCAAACUAAGGCUGCAGAAAUGGUAUGUAUCCAUUGGAGACAAGGAGAAAAAAAAGAUCACCAGGGAGAUGACACAAAUUGUGUUGGGGAGAAAACCUCAGACCUGCAAUUUUAUUGAUUGGAAGGACCUGAAAAUUGUAUAUAAAAGGUAUGCUAGUUUGUAUUUCUGCUGUGCUAUGGAAGGCCAAGAUAAUGAACUUUUGACGUUGGAGUUAAUGCACCGCUAUGUUGAACUUUUGGAUAACUACUUUGGAAAUGUGUGUGAGUUGGACAUCAUUUUUAAUUUUGAAAAAGCAUAUUUUAUACUGGAUGAAUUUCUCAUGGGAGGAGAAAUUCAAGAAACCUCUAAACUCUCAGUCUCAAAAUCCAUUGAAGAGUCAGAUAUGUUGCAAGAGACUUUGGAAGAAUAUAUGAGUAAACCGGCUUUUUAAACGAACUAAAUCACUACCAUUUCUAAUAUAAACCGGUACAACCUCUGAGAUGCUGAAGUGUAGAAUAUCCACUUAAAGUGCAGUACUACACACUUCAGUGGUGGAUCUGCAUGUAUCCUCCUGUGACAUUCACUUCAUUAUUUAUAAAAUAUCGCAUAGCUGAAUAAUCUUUUUUCCAUCCUGAAAUAUUUGUGGAUUAAUAAUGUCCGACUUUAUUUGGGGUAAAAUAUCCAAAGUAAGAUGAGGAACAUAUAUUGAAAGUUGAAUGUUGUAUGAUAUUAUAAGUUAAACUGAGUGAUGACGCCUCAAUUUUCAGAGGACAUAUUCCUUGUUACAGUCCCUGAGUCUUUACGGUUUAAUAUUAUCUAUCCUUCUCCUGUGUGCUUAUGUGCUCUGUUUUUGUAAACAGCUAUUCAUUUUUAUUGUUAUUCUGAAAUACUAUAAAGUAAGCAUACUUGAAAGUAUUAAGUUUCUUGCCUUAUGUGCUAUACAAAUACUAUGAUCCAGUUGUAUUCUCUUAAAGCAGUUUGUUUUUUUUCUCUUAACCAUUUCUGUCAUGAAGUGAACCAGAAUCGCAGAUUCUUCUCAAACAUUUGCACUGGAAGUUGUCUGUGUUUUGGAAUUUGUGCCCUGAGUGAAAGUCCCUACAUCUGCCAUAAAAUGCACCUCUCUUCAGAUGCAUCACUGACCUUGAAGUGUAAAGUAGUUCAGAAUUGAAGUUGUACCUUUUUUGGGACUAUAGCCAGAAUAACUAAUUCAUUUUACAUUCUGUAUCUGUGCAUGGUCUGUAUGUAGUACAAAAAAGAUUAACUGCUUAACUGUCAUUUUAAUAGUAUAAAGAUGGUUUUGUAUGCAAACUCUGUAAUGAUAUUACAUAGUAAUGGUUGGUUGCUUCUUGAUUUUCAUCUACACAGAUACUACAGGUUGAAGAGAAGACAUUCAAAUUUAAUUUACUCUGGUUUUCAGUCUUAUUCUUUUAUUUGAAACCACUUUGCACCACCUGGAUUAUAGGACUCGGCUGUGUGUAUCGUCCUCUGCUUUUGGGAUCAGUUUUUCUUUAAAUCUCUUCCUCCCUACUGCAUACAACAUGCCCAAACCCUCUCAUCCUACAUUCCACACCUUUCACCAUAAUCCAUCUAGUCCCUGCCAUUUCACAGACCUCCUCAUUUCUCUUCUUUCUUUUAAAGAGACCCCCAGCAGCCAACCUAGCAACACAAAACCAGUAAAUCUUCUUUAUUUUUGCUUCAUUAUAGACUUUUGACAGCAUGUGAUUGUUUUAAUGGAGGGGAACGUUAAACUAACUUAUUAAGGUUGAAGGUAUUUAUUUAGAUAUGAUUGUUGUAAUACAUAUUUUAAAUAAACUAGAAUAUAGUAAUUGUGUAUGUAGCUAUAGAUGGCAAAUUGUGGUGCUCCAUGUUUCUGAGGGGAUUCCAUUUGAUUUAUAUGGUUAUAUCAAUGCAUUUUGGAACUCUUUUGUACAGCAUAAGUCAACACCAUAACUAGAAUAUAUCAGCUUUUAUAGGAUAUUGAUUAUAUAGUUAUAAAACUUAUUUUUUCAAAAACAAAA